CUUCACGUCGUGUAGCGUAACUAUCCCCGGUCGGUGUUCGCAACGGUCAGUUCAUUCGCCGCGGCAUUCCGGUCUCUGAUGUAACAAAGCCCCUCCUCCGUCACCGGAUGCGACCCAACGUGCCGAUAGAUAUGAUAUUUAUUUUUAGCUGUAACACCUAUAGUAACCAGUUGAAUCCAUCAUUGGUCUCAUAUGUAUGGGUUAAUUGAUUUAUGAUCUGAUCGAUACACACCAAUCGGCGCUUCUGCAUCAACUAUGGCACCGCAACAAGAUAUCCCGGUUGCCGCUAAUGUCCUCGGCACUAUCGGUACGAUUCUGUGGUGCGUGCAAACAAUACCUCAAAUAUGGACGAAUUGGCGAACGAAGAAAACCGAUGGACUCCCCGGCUCCAUGAUGUAUCUAUGGGCUUUAUGUAAGACAUUCCCCAUCCACCACGGGUAUGCCUCAAAUAUUGACUAUUUCCUUACUUACCUAGGUGGCGUACCCUUCGGGGCUUAUAACAUCGUACAGAGGUUCAAUUACCCCUUACAGGUGCAGCCGCAAGCCUUCAUGGCCCUUUGCCUCGUGAACUGGUGUCAGAUAUUGCUAUACAAUAGUAAAUGGCCUAUGUGGAAGGUAGUUCUCAUAGGGCUAGUCAAUGCCGCGGCUUUUGCUGGUGUGCAAGCGGCCUUGAUUGUCACACUGCGGCCAUUAUACGACGCUGGUAAUGGUACCGGGGUCUUGGUAAUUGGUAUAAUUGCGAAUAUUCUCUUGGCAGUUGGCUUAUUACCGCCAUAUGGCGAACUAUGGAAGCGGAGAGGAAGGGUUAUCGGGAUCAACUUCGUCUUUUUGUCGAUGGAUUGGCUGGGUGCAUUUUUCUCUCUUAUGUCACUUGCUGCCCAGAACAGUUUCGACAUCUUGGGUGGUGUGCUGUAUAUCGUAUGUAUCCUUCUUGAAUCCGGUAUAUUCCUUUCUCAUUUGAUUUGGCUCUUCCGUACUCGAAAAUUGAGAAAAGAUGCGGCAUCGAGAGGGAAGACCUUCGAGGAUAUUGUGGCAGAGCAUGAACAACAAGGCAUAUCAUUCAAAUUCGCCGAACGAAGGCUCUUCAAGAAAAAUGAUGUAGAGACAGGUAAUGCUGGACAUUGUGAAGAUCCCAGCGGCCAGACGCAGCAAUAUCCAAUCACAACCGUCGUGCAAGACGGCGGCUUAGGAGGUCCUCAGCAAAGUUUGAAUUCGGAGCUAGAAAGAGAGGCAAGCGAGAAAAUGGGAUAAUCCAUGUUUAUAAUUAAAGCAGAACUAUAGUGGUGUGAUAUCUUGGUCCAAAGUCAACGCAAAAGUCGUACCUCAUUAUUAUCAUCCCC